AUGAACCGCUUGUUAGUCACCAGCCUGCAUAUUCGUGCACGAACACUCCAAGGGGACAGCGCUGUGCAGCCAGGCCAGGGCUGUCACUCGUUUGCACGGUUCUUGGAACGUUUCCACACGUUCCAGAUUCUUGAAAAUCCCGCAUGCUUGGGAAUCCCACAUUUUGUACUCGGGAACCCCGCGUUUUGUGCCUGCAAGAGUCUCGUCUCGUAUUCCUUGAACUCAAUGGCGGCCACCCAGGAGUCGGUGUGUAGGCGCUGCAGAACACUCUUCAGACGGGAAGAGAACAGCCAAGAGGCCUGUCGGUUUCACCCCAAGAUGUUUGUGAGCCGCAAGCACGACGACCAAAAGAGGUACUAUGAGCUGAAGGACGGCGAUCCUGAGUACCCAGCUCGCUUCUACGAUUGCUGUGGUGCUGAGGAUCCCACCGCCCCUGAAAUUACAAGCAGUGCUUGA